AUGUUGAAAAAUUAUCAAAGUAACCAACUAUAUACAUGCACCAUCGCAUGCUAUAAGAAAUCCUUGAGAAUGGGUGCUACUUAUCUAUCAUUGCUAGCUAUUUUAAUUACGAAGGCUUCAGGCCACAAGCAUCAUGAUCAUGAACAUCUGCUAGAGAAUUCUCAUGUUGCAGGAAGUAGCGCCUUUAUCCAUCAUUUGCAAAACUACUUAUUCCCCUUUAAUGCUCGCUAUAAUUCAAUGCUAGCCACUCUAAUUAUCCAAUUAAUGCCAUGUGUUGUAAUUCAACUGAUUCCCGGUCUUAAAAAUGGUGGCGAUUCUCCCAUCUUGUCGAUACUAGUGGCAUUUGCCUUAGGUACAUUGCUAGGAGACGUUUUAUUACAUUUAAUUCCAGAAAUCUUUGACAGUAUCGUUGAAAGUGUCAACCCUCAUACAGAUGGAUUGAUUUUGGGAAGUGCGAUCUUCGUAGGCUUUCUGCUGUUCCUUUUCCUAGAUAAAUCCAUCAGAAUCCUAAGCCAAGAUGGUGGAAUCCAUUCCCAUAGCCAUGGCCAUUCACAUUCGCAUACAGAAGUUUCGGAGAAGGACAAAAAGGAUAAGAAGGAACACCAAGAUUCUACAUCACCACUGUUAAACAUCGCUACUGGUUUCAUCCACAACGCUACCGAUGGAAUCGCCCUAGCUUCGUCAUUUUACACUUCCAAGCACGUUGGUGUUACAACUUCCGUUGCCGUAAUCUUUCAUGAAAUUCCUCACGAAUUAGGUGAUUUCGCCAUUCUACUGGCAAAUGGCUUCACUUUUCCUCAGGCACUUAAAUCUCAAUUCGUAACCUCCUUGGGGGCAUUGAUGGGCACCGCUAUAGGAUGCGCUCUUAAUGAAAUGUCCACUACGCAAGAACAAAGCCUAGAAAAGUCAUCGGGAUUUGAUGCCUCCCAAUUACUACUACCAAUUACAGCUGGGGGAUUCCUCUACUUAUCUACAGUAGGCGUUGUCCCUCAGCUACUGCAAUCGUCUUCAUCGCCCAGGGACAGUAACAAGAACAAGGCACAGGAGUUCAAGAAAUGGUUCGCCCAAUUGACAGCUAUACUUACAGGAUUCAGUUUAAUGCUCUAUAUAGCCUUACAAGAAUGA